AUGACAUUUAUGAUGCAUUUCCUGCUCUACUUGCCUCUGGUUCUCUCAAACUUGUACAUCAUCUUUGAUGUUAAGUUGGCAUCAGCCCAUUGCCUGAGUGAACAGAAAGGUUUGUUGCUUCAGUUGAGGAGCAAUCUCACGUAUGACUCUUCGCUUUCUACCAAGCUGGGGAGCUGGGAAGAACACACUGAUUGCUGCAGUUGGAGAGGUGUGCAUUGUGAUGAUGCUGGUCAUGUUAUUGACCUCGACCUUAGCAGCGAUUCAAUCACUGGCAAUCUUGACGAUUCAAGCUCCCUUUUCAGCCUCCAAUUUCUCCAAAGAUUGAGCUUAGCCGGAAACUCUUUUGACUCUACGGAUUUGCCAAAGGGGUUUGGCUUGCUAAACCAAUUGGUUUAUCUGAACUUGUCAGAAACAGGCUUUGCCGGGCAAAUCCCCAGUAAUUUUUCACGAAUGUCCAGGUUGGUAACACUAGACCUCUCUACUUUUUCCCUCAGCUAUUUGCUCUCACUGAAACUUGAGAACCCAAAUUUGAACAUGUUGGUUCAGAACCUCACGAGGCUUAUAGAACUUCGCCUAGAUGGUGUUGAUAUUGCCGCAGCAGGGGUUGAUUGGUGCAAUGCUGUGUCAUCUGCACUGCUUGAUUUACAAGUCUUGAGCUUGUCCAACUGCAAUAUUUCAGGCCCAUUCGACUCCUCUUUGGCAAAACUUCAGUCUCUUUCUGUUGUCAAACUUGAUGGCAAUAAAUUUUCAGCUUCACUUCCAGGGUUCUUCGCAAAAUUUGCCAAUCUAACCACCUUGAGUGCUAGUUCGUGUGACUUGCUAGGAGAAGCUCCGCAACAGAUAUUCCAAUUACCAACUCUGCGGACCAUUGACUUAUCAAAUAAUAGGGAACUUGGUGGCUGUUUACCGGAAUUCCCUGAAAACGGAUUCUUGGAGAGUUUAGAUCUUAGCUACACUUCCUUUUCAGGAAAUUUACCAGACUCUGUUGGUAAUCUUAAAAAAUUAUCCAGCUUGAAACUCUUUGGUUGCAAUUUUUCAGGACCAAUUCCCAGUUCAAUAUCUAACCUUUCCGAGCUUGUCUCAGUCGACCUGGCAGUGAAUUAUUUUACGGGUUCACUUCCAUCCUUUACCCUGUCCAGGAACCUUAGCUCUGUAAGCCUUCGUGACAAUAAAUUGAUGGGCAAAAUUCCAUUAGAGUGGGAAGGCCUUAAGCAUCUCACCAUUCUUGACCUGAGCAACAAUUCACUUAGUGGAGAACUUCCUGCGCUCUUGUUUUCUCUACCAUCACUGGAGAGCUUGAAACUUCCGAACAACCAGUUUUCUGGUCAGAUCAAUGAACUAGAAGGCAUGUAUCCAUCUCCGCUAGGAGAACUUGACUUGAGUAGCAACAAUCUUGAAGGGCCUAUACCCCAGUUUGUAUUUAAAAUCACUAGUCUCUCAAGUCUCUCUCUUGCUUUCAAUAAAUUUACAAGCACCGUAGAGUUGGUUGGAUUUAUCGAGAUGAAGAGUCUUGCUGAUCUUGAUCUUUCCUACAAUAACCUGUCAGUCGGCACAAGAGGAAGUGACUCUGCCUUUUCUUUGCUCCCUCAGUUUAAUUCUUUGAUGUUGGCCUCUUGCAAGCUGCAAAAGUUUCCUCUUUUGAAGAACCAAUCAAGAUUGAAUAUGCUAGAUCUUUCAAAUAACCAAAUAACUGGUGACAUUCCAAACUGGAUAUGGGAAAUUGAUGAUGGCUAUCUCCGGUAUUUGAAUCUUUCUCAUAACGAUUUCACGGGUCUUCAAGAGCCUUACCAUUUUCAAACUCAUUUCUAUCUGGACAUCCACUCCAAUCUGCUUACUGGAGCUGUGCCUUUACCACCACCAUCAGCUGUCUAUGUGGACUUCUCAAGCAAUAAAUUUACCUCUUCGCUCGCAGCUGAUAUUGGUAAUCUUCUCUCGUCUGCCAUUUAUUUGAACAUUGCAAACAACAGCAUUGUUGAUGACAUUCCUCUAUCACUAUGUAAUGCAACUCUUCUAGAAGUACUUGACCUGUCAGAUAAUAGUUUGAGUGGCUCAAUGCCUUCAUGUCUCAUGGAAAUGUCCAGAUCCCUCGUGGUACUGAAUUUGCAUGGAAACAAACUCAGUGGAAACAUACCCAAUACAUUGCCAAGGGACUGCAAAUUAGAGACGUUGGACCUGAGUUUUAAUCAAUUAGAAGGUGAAAUUCCACAAUCUUUGGUCAACUGCAGAAAGCUAAAGGUAUUAAACCUCGGCCACAACAGGAUUGGCAGCACUUUUCCUUGCAGGUUGGACAAAUUGACCAAUAUGCGUGUCCUUGUUUUGCACUCAAACAGAUUCAGUGGAAAAAUUAGUUGCCCCAACUCCAACUACAGCUGGGCUCAUCUUCAAAUUAUUGACCUGUCGUCCAACAAUUUCAAUGGUGUAUUGCCACCGAAGUUUUUCUCAAGCUUAGGUGCAAUGAUGGUGGACGGUGAUAAAUCAAAUUUGCACCUUGACCUUCUUCAUUACCAAGGACGAGAUUUCAAAACAUACUAUCAGGAUACAGUAACAAUGGCUUUUAAAGGAACGCCAACAACGCUGACAAAAGUUCUUACCACCCUGACUUCCAUUGAUCUUUCAAGCAAUAAUUUCCAAGGGUCAAUAUCAGAAAAAGUUGGAGAUCUCAUAUCACUGCUUCUUCUCAAUCUAUCAAACAAUGCCCUCACGGGCCAAAUCCCAUCAUCAGUUGGGAAUUUGAAAAAUCUUGAAUCAUUGGACCUCUCCUCCAAUCAACUGACUGGGGAAAUACCAGAGAAUAUUUCAAGCCUCACCUUCCUGUCGGUCUUAAAUUUGUCACAUAAUCAACUAGUUGGAAGGAUUCCAGGAGGAAGACAAAUGCAAACAUUCCUAGAAAGUUCUUUUGAAGGAAACAGUGGUUUGUGUGGAUUCCAGUUGAACCGAACUUGCAACGGUGACAGAGAUCCUGCACUUCCAGAGUCUCAAUUGGAGGAGAAGCAGUUAUAUUCCAAGACAGAAAUCUACAUUAGUGUGGCAGUUGGAUCUUUGGUAGGUCUAGCUUUCUUCGUCGGGCCACUUUGGCUAUCCAAGAGGUGGAGAAUCUGCUACAAUAAAAAUGUUGAUCAACUUAUCUUAAGGAUCUUCAAUAAGAAAGGAAAACAAAUGCGGAAGAAUUUGAAGGAAGAUUGGUGA